CCAGCCUACUACAGUUUAACGAUGCCGUGCGACUCUUCAACUUCCUUCCUCUUAACGAAUUUGCAAUGUGGCCCUUCUAUGUGUAGUUAUUUUCCGCAAACUCCACCAUAUAUAUCUAAAUGGUGCUACACACCCCCCCUGAAAUUCAUUAAAUUGUCUCGCUAAGCCCCAAGGCGUUGGCAGCGCAUCCAAUUCCAAACCUUGUCGAGUAUGUAACUCGAGGGGCGAGGGUCGGAACCCAAAAUCCCAGCCCCUAGUUAUAAUGGUACAGUAGCAGUUGAUCCGUUGAGAAACGGAAAAUAAGCGAAAUUCACUGGGUUCUUGAUUGGGAGAAAAUGGAUGGGCCACCGGAGAUUGAUGUCUGUUCCAUAUGCCAUAACAAUUUUCGAAUUCCAUGCCAAGCUAAUUGCAGCCAUUGGUUCUGCGAUAAUGGCGCUAGGCAUUGAGUUUACAUUUGCUAUCUUGUUCAAGAACUUGGUGCCAUUACAAGUAGCUGUAUGCUACAACUUUGGGAUCAUGGGGAUGCUCUUCACCCUUGUAAAUGCCCCUUGUGCAGAAGGGAGAUUAGCUUACUGGUUCCUAGUGGAGCAUCAUCAAGGCAGCACCAUUCGGCUGAUGUUGCUGAUAUUUUGGAGAGAAUAGAGAGAUAUAACCGUCUGUAUAGUGGCUUCCCAAGUGGUCUCAUGCAGAGAAUGCAAGAGCUUCCAUUUCUGCUUAAGCGGUUGUUGCGAGACAUAAUGGAUUCCCGCAGAUCACUUCCACUUGCCAUCAGGGCACGAGUUUAUUUGGCAGUGUUUGCUACUGCAGCAUAUUUCCUUUAUCCACUGGAUAUAAUUCCCGAUGGGCUGCUAGGAAUAUUUGGUUUUAUGGAUGAUAUGUUUGUCUUGUUUAUAAGCUUCAUGCAUAUUGCUGCUAUAUAUAGAGCAGUUUUACUGGAUCGGCAGGGAGGUGCUCAACAUUGACAGGAUUCUUUGCAGAGCAUUCGUUGUAAAGUUGAGAUUCACAAGGGGGGUCUUGAGGACAAGAAUUCAUUCCCAUUCGAGCAUUUGUAAAUUGUAAGUGUAGUAUGACAGAUGCAUGUGAUCGAAAAAUACAUUGUACAGUCGUUCCCCACACCCUGUGAGUUGUUUUUUGUGUAAAUAAAGCAAUCUUCUUUGUUCUUU